AAUAAUCUCCGUAUAUAUCUCCUUUUCGCGGCGGAGGAGAGGAGAGCCCCUUAUUUUUUCACACAGCCCCAAAAUAUCAGGAUAACCUUUCCGAGCCGAAUCCCUCUCCCCACUCCCUUCCUCCGCUGCAGCUCCGAUGGCGAUUUCUUCCUCAGGCAUCUCCUCCACCUUCUUCUCCGCCCACGCGGUUCCCUUUCUCGCCUCAUCCGCCGCCUCUUCCCCCUCUUCUCUCCGCCUUCUCGCCGCCGCUCCCCAGCUCCCUAACCAACGGUUCGUCCACACCGUCACCUGCGCCACGGCGUCUCCCAAGCCGGCGGCCGGCACUCGCCAGCCUCGGGGCAUCAUGAAACCCCGUCCCGUUUCUCCCGAGAUGGCGGAGCUUGUUGGCUCCCCUGAAAUCUCCCGGACCCAGGCUCUCAAGCUCAUCUGGGCUCACAUUAAGGAGCACAAUCUCCAGGACCCCGAAAACAAGAAGAUCAUCAAAUGUGACGAGAAGCUGAAGAAGAUAUUUGCAGGGAAAGAUCAGGUUGGAUUUCUGGAGAUCGCUGGCUUAAUUAGCCCUCACUUUGUCAAAUGAAACAAGGGGGGGAAUAUGGAUCUAGAAUCGACGCAGUGGCCAGUUUUUGGGGCAGAGACUUGAAAGAUCAUUUUGCGUGGCAGUUUCACAGAUGGUGUAGCACUUAGUAGUUUCUUUAGUAUUGUGGAAGGGCGACUAGGUAUUUUCUUUCUUUUUUGUUCUUGAGGAAUCCCAUGGAUUCUUGAACUUGUGGGUUUUCCUUGCUUGCUCUGCUGGUAGUUGGCCUCGUUGAAAACUUCUUAGCAAGAUCCAUAACAAGGUUGUGGCAUGCUUCAGUUGUUUGUUUGUUAUGUUACUAACCAUUCUCAAUUUUCGCCAGUUUUUUUUGCUUUUCAUCGAUUGCUUACUCACAUUUAGGUGUGCAACGGUUUGGUCUCAUAGCCACAUUUAGACAGGCCAUAUCAAAAGAGGAUUAGAGCAAGUUGAGAAUGGCAUGGAGAGUUUAUUAGACAAAGAUCUUGCAGGUCUACAAAUCAAUGUCAAAAACCAAGC